UCCGAGCACCGCCCCUGCUUAGUUUGCGCAGCCAUUCCGCGAGUCCGACGCACACAAAUUCCUGCGCACGAAGGAGAACGUGACUGGAAUCCGCAGUCCUCGCACUCGCGCUUCGAACCCGUCUGGAUGUGCCGCCUGGAGAGCGCAGCCAUGCCGCCUCCACCGCCGCCGCCGCCGCCGGGGGCGGCAUCCGGCCCGGCGCUUGGGGCGUCUUCCUGCAGGCGGAUGUUGCUGCUCGCCGCCGUCCUCUUGGCGACGCUGUGUCCAGCGGCGGCCAUCGACUGCUUCAAGUGCGUGUCGGUGAACGGCAGCUACCGGCCGUGCGACGACCCCUUCCACAACAACUACUCGGACAGCAUCCUGGAGGCGCCUUGCAUGGGCGGUCGCAAGGGUCGCAACGGCGUCUUCCCCGCCACCGCCUGCAUCAAGCUCGUCGGCGUCUUCGAUAAUGGAACACGUAUCACAGUUCGCACAUGUGCCCUGGACAGUGGUACACUCACUACUGACACUGAAAUCAUCCGCAUGUCUCAUUGUGGAGGUUUCUACUUCGAUGGCGGCUAUGUCCGUGGUUGCCUUCAGAGCUGUGAUGAUGCUGAUGCUUGCAAUGUGGCACCAGUGGCAAUGACCUCAUUGCCUAUAGUGCUUAUGGUUUCAUCCAUUCUUACAUUCAUCAUCACGACUUUCAGAUAAUAGUGAGCCCUCACCAGUACACCAACACAUCAGUUGGAACUACUAUCUUCCAAAAGGUCCAACUGUGCAACAUGAGCUGAGUGGUUCAUUAAAUCCUAUAAAAACUCUCUUCCCAAAAGUACUUAAUGUCAACACAGGAGAAAUGUGGACUGUUUUGUAUGGUGAACAUAAGGAAGAAAGUGGAGGCCUUUUGCUAUAAUGUGGACAAUAACACACACUGCGGCACCAAGCAGCUCUCUCUCACUUAAUGAACUAUCAAGUGCACAAGUUACUCUUGCACUAAAAUUAAAAAAUGCACAAACCACCAACAAGUGUUGUGCACAAAAUAUAUUUUACAUAAUUGUAUGUAUGUGUGUGUGUAUAUAAAUAUAUUCAUAUGAGUAAUGUGGACCAAACAACAAUAUAUUUCUAACAUUAGAUGUUAUUUUUAGAGUUCAAAAGCUGUCAACACUAAACACAAAAUAUUUAGCUCAGAGUAACCAGCAAAUGUGUUUUUGAAAUACAUUUA